UCCGCCAAUUUCAAAAACAAAAUAUACUUGCGAAAAUGGCAUGAUGUUGUGUAAAAUGUGAAACCUUUGCUCAGAAAAUGUUUUAAAAUGCCUCGUUUUACUUUUUAUGAUUACUUUUUAGCGUUCAUUUCAACUUGUACUUACAUUGCAGAUGUUGCUACAGAUAUUGCCCUGAUAGUAUAUUUCUUCACAGAAGGACAUCAAGUAUGGGGGUCAUUGAGCUUGUGUUUUGUGGCGCUUGCAGCUCUAUUAAUGCAAGUGUUCAGCUUUCACUGGCAUGUAUCCGACAGAACACUCACUGUUGGCUCGCUCUUUGUACAUAUUCUUUUCCUGGCACCUCUCCAUAGAUAUUUCAAAGUGUUACAACUUGGACGUAAAUCCCGGAAGUCUGGAAAUGGAGAGGAUCUAGGUGCAGCUUACAGGGCCAUCAAUGACAUCAGCAUCUUACGAUUGGUCGAAACUUUUAUAGAGUCUGCUCCACAGUUAGUGCUACAACUGUACAUAGUAUUGUCAAACCUACAGAACUUCAACACACUUCUUGGAUUUUCAAUGGUAUUUUCUCUGUUUUCUGUGUCAUGGUCAAUAACAGCAUAUACAGAUGCUUUACACUUGGCAUACAAGAAGUUUUACAAGCGAAGCUUUGUUUCCAUGGUAACACAUUUGAUAUGGCAGACAGGAAUGGUCACUGCUCGUGUUGUAUCUAUCGUUUUAUUUGCUACAGUCUUUCAUGGAUAUGUUGGCAUACCAUUAGGUGUGCACUUUGUGGUAAUGUUUAUCUGGAUAAUAAAGCUACAACCAGACUUUGGUUCAACGCCAUGUGAACGUCGUCUAUUCACUGUAGUUGCUGCGGCUAUACACAUAUUCUGUUUCCUGAACUUAAAAGAUGGCAAUUCUAGAUACAGAAUGGUGUUCUACUAUGUCCUGGCAUUGAUAGAGACUGCAGCAUACAUGACUGUAUGGUACAUGUGCAAGUCACACAGUGGGCCUAUCUGGUUUGAUGUCACUGCUUUCUCAGUGGUAUUUGGAGCUUUUGGCUUAGGUACUAUAUUUAUGUUAUUGUACUAUGGAUGCUGUCAUCCAAGUGGACCUGCACCAAUUCCAAGUCAGAAACCAGAUUUCCUCAAGCCUGGCAAUUUGGCAUUUGGCACUGCUCCACACCAGUAUAAGCCCAGCAUGGUAACCAAGAAACCUCAGCAAGAUAAGCCGAUGAAAAAUACAACAUCUUCAAAGGGAAACCAUCCAUCGAUAUUUGAUGUUUCAUCGACGUCGGCUCGUAUCAAUCUCUGGUUGAGUGCCUCUCUGGACCUCAGUAAGGAAGGUCUUGUUGAACAUCCAGAUUCUCACCUAGAUCCUUCCUUACAACCAUCAGGAAACCAGACAAUCAACAGCCAGAACCAGGGUGCUGACAUUAGUAUACAGAGGAAGGUGUCCUGUAGGGAGACAGCUGUAGAUGUGCAUGUUUCCCCAUUAGGAUCCACAGGAAGUAAUAGUGCUGCUAAACCAUUACUUG